AUGGAUUCGGAUUGUAGCUAUCAUUACACGGACAAUUUCCUCAUCGACCCAUACGAGGAGGAGUUGAAGGAAGAGAAGAGGCGCCGCAAGGAAAUGGAGAAGAUGAAGCAGCAUUCGGACAUGGUUGGAUUCGUCGCCGACGGCCAAUAUGGGAUUCCGAGAAGAUGCCCAUGUGGUGGAUCUAUCAAGCACGAUGUAUCUCCUUCUCCAAAAUUUAACACGAUUUCGAUACUCAACCAGGCAGUAGGUACUUCACCUGCACCAAAUUUAAGGUAUAAUCUCUAUAAUUUCAGAUCUGGGUUUUUUUUGGGUAAAACUACUAAAACUAGAUUAAACUAUUUAGAUGAUGAUGGACUCCACUUUCGUCAGCCAUGGGUUUUCGGAGUCGAACAAGAGAUUGAGAAACUAGUUAUGAAAGUUGAAGAGCAGAGCAAGACGAUUGAAGAAAUGCGAAAACAGAUUCAGAUCCAAGCCAAAAAGAUAGCGAAGCUCAAGACUUAACGAAUCUGCAAUUUCCUUUAAUUGUUGUUUUAAUUGUUGUUCAAGACUAACGUUUCCUUGCAUUUUAAUGUUUUAUAACUAUUUUUAGUGUUU